ACCGCGGUAACCGUUUUGGGGAAGCGCGUGAAGCGUGAAGCAACGUGCCACAACUCCGUGCCAUUCUUGACGUACAGCUCUCUUCAGUAACCUCCAUCUAUUGACUUAUAUCCCCUGGGCCGCCGCGGUCACUUUAGGGGACAUACUCAAGCUGGACUGUGUCUAUUGACAUGCCAGACCGUUCGGAAUACCAACCGCUUGCUCAGGGUGUAGACGAGGAGGAAGCAGAUGUUGGUGAGGGUCUGUCGCCGGUCUCGCCAUCCAGAGGGCUUCGGAGACCAAACCGCCCUGGUCACAUUGACUUGAGCAAGCUGGAUAGUGCGUUCAAACGAUGGACGGAGAGUAUCGUCCAGAAAGUCAAGCGGAAGAAGAAGGUAGAAGACAACUCUCGCAAGGAGAUAUGGCGGAGUGUAUUCGACCCUCCUGUGACUGCACUUACGGUUGACAAUGCUCCUACCCUUGACCAUAAACCUUCAAUGAGCAAGGAGGACUUUGAUAUGUUUGUGCAUGCAGUCAAAGAAGCCAUUGCCGAUGGUAUUCAUCCCAAGAUGAUCACGAAGGGUUCCUCCGGGUCGUAUUUUGCUCGGGCGAAGAUCGAUGGUCGCGUUCAAACCGUCGCGGUAUUCAAACCCAAGGACGAAGAGCCUUACGGUAACCUCAAUCCUAAGACGACGAAGUGGCUGCACCGACAAUUCCGCUGGGUCAUUCCGUUCGGUCGAGCCUGUCUUAUUCCGAAUCUAAGUUAUAUCUCAGAAGCAGCAGCGUCGUUACUCGAUAGACGCUUGAACUUGUAUAUUGUUCCUCGCACGGAACUAGUUUCGCUUUCGAGCCCUGCAUUCUUUUAUGACUGGUUGGACAGGAAUGCAGCCAAGAAAGGCAAGCCUCUGCCCGACAAGAUUGGCAGCAUGCAGUAUUUCCUGCACGGCUACACUGAUGCAUCUGAUUUCCUUCGUAAACAUCCAUGGCCAGGCCGUGCCAUUUCCGAUACCUUCGAUGAUUCCAGCCACCGCAAGGGGAGUUUCACGAAGAAAUUCAUGGGCACCAUGAAGAUUGUAUGUGGUAAGACAGGUGAUGAAGAAGAUUUCUACGAAGAUGAAGACCGGGAAGACGAAAGAGUACUAUUCGAUGCUACGGAAAAUCAGGCUGGCACAGCAUUUUAUUGGAGUCAAGCGCUGCAGGAUAAUUUCCGUGAAGAACUUGAGAAACUUGUGAUUCUUGAUUACCUCAUGUUGAAUACUGACCGUGGCGCGGAUAACUACAUGAUCAAAUACUGUCAAGUCGAUCACAACAAAACUCUGGUCGAUGUUGCACCUUCACGAACUUCACGACUAGAAAUGCCCCUGAUGACCGAACUACGUCGCACGGAUACAUCAAAUACCACACCACAAAUGCCAUCAACAUCUAGCCAGCCUUCUUCAUAUACUCGGCCAGGAACUCCUACCUCGCAGAUACCCUACACCCGUCAACCACACAUUCACAUAGCCGCCAUUGAUAAUUCUCUUUCCUUCCCUCACCAACACCCACGCGGUUGGCGAUCAUAUACCUAUGGUUGGUUGUAUCUCCCUGUCACGAUCAUUGGACGGCCCUUCAGCCAGAAGACUAGGGACCACUUUUUGCUCAUGCUGACCUCGAAAGCGUGGUGGUCGGAGACUACGUAUGAACUAAGGAAGCUUUUUGCUGUUGAUCCUGAUUUUCAUCCGAAGAUGUUCAGGCGGCAACUAGCAGUGAUCAAGGGCCAAGCCUGGAACAUCGUUCAAUCGUUGAAACAUGGGGAUGAAGGUCCGUUGGAACUGACCCGAAGAACAAAGGUUCUCGUAUGGGAUGAUGAAAUCGACCUCACAGAUGAAAACAUCCCUUCUUUACUUGAAGAAGGUCCUACUAGUAGUCCCGUGAACGGUACCGGUCAAGUACAUAUACCUACUGCGUCUCCUCACGCUUCGAUCGCAACAGUGCCUCUGCCUCGUGAACCCCGCCGACAGCGAAGUCAAAGCGCUAGUGAUUUCCCUCCGCCUAUGCGGAGAGUAUCGACGGAGUUCACUGGCGUAUCCCGACCUGUAUCAUUCUCUGCGAAGUUCCCCCGCGUCCACCCUGCAACGACUGGGGUCACCGUACUCGAACACAUGGAACGUUUGGAUGCCGUUGAGGCUGGCCUCAAACGACUUGGAAUUGAGGAAUCGGUGCUUGAGGAUGAAGAGAUGGACGUUGGCGAGUCAUCACAACCUAAACCAGCCGUGCAACCAGAUUCGGAGUUGCCAGCGGAAACUUCGUCUGUUCCUGCGCCUUCCUUAUUAUCGUCCCCUCCGCCAGUACUGGAACGUCUGCCAUCUGUACCUGAAGAUGCACAGUCAAUCACCGAGGAGGAUCUUGUUGCCAUGUCAAAGUCGAUGUCGCACAUGGAGUCUCCUCCACCGAUGCAUGCCAGGUAUGCUAGUCAUGGGCAGGACGGGCGUAACAACUUGGAUUGGAUGCAGAUUGAUGCAUUGGAAAGCCCCAAGAAACGGACGGUGAUCGUUGAGCGCCUAGAGACGGUGAAUACCAAACCGUUCUUUUCUUGCUGCUGAUAAUGGCUGGGAUGGGGCUUUUGGAGGGACAUGGACGUUUUUGGUUGCGUUACUGCUUUGCUCGCUGUGAUAGUUAUGACAUGUACAGAGUGUACAAUAGAAUGGAGUGCUGUAUACACACAGCAGUUUCCCGAU